CCCAAUUCCCACCUACAAAAAACUUCUUUCACUUCAUGUGUUUCACCAACACUCUGAUGUCUUUCUUGCUGCCAUUACUCACUUUCUUUCUAAUAAUUUCUCCUUCGUUUGGAGUUGACACUAUCACUGCAAACCAAUCUUUAUCUGGUGAUCAAACAAUCAUCUCAAAAGAUGAAAACUUUGAACUUGGCUUUUUCAAACCAGGUAAUUCUUCUAAAUAUUAUAUAGGUAUAUGGUAUAAAAAGGUGAAUACAGUCCCUAAGACCAUUGCAUGGGUAGCAAAUAGAAAAACCCCAGUUUCAGAUAGAUUCAAGUCUGAACUUAAAAUAGUAGAUGGAAAUCUUGUCUUGUUGAAUGAAUCAAAAGUUGCAAUAUGGUCAACAGGAGUCAACUCAUCAAGUUUGUUAGUUUCUAAGGAGGCUGUGCUUCUUGAUGGGGGUAACUUAGUUUUGCGAAAUGAGCCAAAUUCUAGUGAAAAUAUUUGGCAAAGUUUCGAUUUUCCGGCUCAUACCUGGUUGCCUGGUGCUAGAAUUGCUACUUAUAAAAAUGGACAAAAACAACUUCUUACUUCAUGGAAAAGUACUGAUGAUCCUGCUGAAGGAUUGUUUUCUUUAGAGCUAAAUCCAAAUAAGAAAGAGUAUAUAAUUAAAUGGAAUAGGAGUACACAAUAUUGGACUAGUGGACCUUGGGAUGAACAACAAAAGAUUUUCAGUUUAGUUCCUGAAAUGAGGUUGAAUUAUAUUUAUGAUUUUAGCUAUGUUACUAAUGAAAACGAGAGUUAUUUCACUUAUUCGUUGUAUAAUCCUGCGCUUAUAUCGAGAUUUAUAAUGGAUGUUUCUGGUCAGAUUAAGCAAUUGUCAUGGUUACCCGAAUCACAACAAUGGAAUUUGUUUUGGUCUCAACCUAGACAACAGUGUGAGGUUUAUGAUUAUUGUGGAGCUUUUGGUUCUUGUAGAGAUAGUGUAUUGCCAUUUUGCAACUGUUUAACUGGUUUUAUACCUAGAUCACAGAGUGAUUGGGAUAUAACUGAUUUCUCCGGUGGGUGUGUGAGGAAAACCGAGUUGCAGUGUGGGCGAAACUCAGAAAGAUAUGGGUUUCUCCCUAUUUCUUAUCCGAACACCGCAAAGCCUCCCAAUUCGACUUCUUUGGCUAUUGGGAAUGCUGGAGAAUGUCAAAGAUCUUGUUUGACUAACUGCUCCUGUCGCGCUUACGCUUAUGAUGACAGUGGUUGUUCCAUUUGGGAUACGGAACUCCUGAAUCUUUCAGAGAACAACAACGAAAUACAACUAUACGUCAAAGUUGCCAAGAAGGAUCUUCCAACUAAAAAGAAGAAUAAUUGGGUUAUCAUAGGCGCAGUUGUUGGUUCUGUUGGUGUGGUGCUACUUGUGGGUUUGGUUUGGCUUCUGAUACAUAGAAAGAAGAGGGUUGGCAAAACAGCAAUAGAGGGCACGCUGGUUUCAUUUGUUUACAGAGAUCUACAAACUGCCACAAAGAAUUUCACUGACAAGUUAGGAGGAGGUGGUUUCGGGUCUGUGUUCAAAGGUACAUUGCCCGAUUCUAGUGUAGUGGCAGUCAAGAAACUAGAAAGUGUAAGCCAGGGAGAGAAGCAGUUUAGAACAGAAGUAAGCACAAUUGGUACCAUUCAACAUGUAAAUCUUGUACGCCUUCGUGGGUUUUGCUCUGAAGGUAAUAGCAAGUUAUUAGUGUAUGAUUACAUGCCAAAUGGAUCUCUAGAUGCCCAUCUAUUCGGUACUGAAAAGCUUUUAGACUGGAAAACAAGGUAUCAGAUUGCACUAGGAAUAUCUAGAGGGCUGGUUUAUCUCCAUGAGAAAUGUCGUGACUGCAUAAUCCAUUGUGAUAUAAAACCAGAAAACAUUCUGUUAGAUGGUGAAUUAUGUCCAAAAGUUGCGGAUUUUGGCCUUGCAAAGCUUCUUGGUCGAGACUUCAGCAGGGUUUUGACAACGAUGAGGGGUACUAGAGGGUACUUGGCACCAGAAUGGUUAUCCGGAGUGCCCAUCACAACCAAAGCAGAUGUUUACAGCUACGGCAUGAUGAUUUUUGAGUUCAUAAGUGGCACACGGAAUUCAGAAUCAUCACAAGACGGGAAGAAGAAAUUUUUUCCUAUGAUAGCAGCAAAUGUUUUACUAGGUGGCGUAGAUAUUCUUACCCUGAUAGACCCCAGAUUGCAAAGGGAGGCAAAUGAUGAAGAAGUCACAAAACUAUGCAAAGUUGCUUGUUGGUGCAUACAGGACGAUGAAGACUGUAGACCUGCGAUGAGUCAAGUUGAACAGAUUCUUGAUGGGCUUUUGGAAGUUAAUAUGCCUCCAAUGCCCCGAUCUCUCCAGUUAUUUGCUGAUAACGACGACAAUGUUGUUUUCUUCACUGAAUCAUCCUCCAACCAAACCUCCCAAGCUCAGAGUAAUCCCUCAAGUGUCUCUUCUCAAGGUGCCGGCGUGUGCACAAAAUACACUUAAUUACACACUUGUUCGUCGUUAUGCAUAUAUGGUUAUAUGGAUACAAUAAAGAUCAUUCUGGUGAUCAAAUGAUCUCUAAGAAGAUUCUUAAUGGGCUACAAGAAUGUAUUAACUGAUGUAGUUUAGAUGCGAGUGUAUGAUAUCCAUUAUUCCCUCUGUAUAAUUUGUUAAGAAUCGAUAUUCCAUAUCCACAGGAUCGAACAACAAGAUUAAACAAGAAA